AUGAAUUGCACCAAGUUCCCAAUGUCAAUCACCAUGUUUUUCUUCAUGUUUAGUUUGCUUUUUUCUUGCAUACUCAUCUUUGUCACCAUCAAAGGUAAAGUCCUGAACCAAAGCAAAAAACCAGCACUUCCACCAAGUCCAUUAUCCUGGCCAAUAGUCGGGAACCUUCCUGAAGUCUACAUGAACAAACCUGCAUUCAAAUGGAUAGAUGGAACAGUAAAAAAACUAAAAACAAAUAUAGCCUGCUUCCGUCUGGGCAGAGUUCGUGUAAUGGUAGUAGUUUCACCUGAACUCGCCCGAGAAUUUCUGCAGAAACAUGAUUCUGUUUUUGUGUCAAGACCUUUAACCAUGGCUACUGAAUAUUCAAGCCGGGGAUUCUUGACCAUGGGAGUUUCCCCAUGGGGAGAACAGUGGAAGAAAAUGAGAAGGACUGUUACCCAUGAGUUGCUCAGUCCAACCAGACUUCGAUGGCUACUUGACAAGAGGAAUGAAGAAACUGAUAAUCUUCUUUACUAUGUUUUCAAACAGUGCAACAAUCCAGAUGGAUCAGUAAUUAAUCUGAGAGUACCGCUCCAACAUUAUAGCGUAAACGUAAUCAGAAAGAUGAGUUUUAGCAGAAGAUUCUUUGGGGAAGGUGGAGAAAACGGAGGUCCAGGUUUUGAGGAAAAGGAGCACGUUGAUGCUCUUCAUUCAGUGCUCCACCACAUGUAUGCAUUUUGGAUUGCAGAUUAUGUGCCCUGGUUGAGAAGUCUAGAUAUUGAUGGCCAUGAAAAGAUUGUAAGAAGCUCCAUGGGUGUUUUUGCGAAAUACCAUGAUCCAAUCAUAGAAGAAAGAAUAAAACAAUAUUGGAGAGAUGGUGAGAAAAAGGAGGCGGAGGACCUUCUUGACAUUAUGAUAUCUCUUAAGGAUGAAAGAGGGAAGCCACUUCUGUCUAUAGAUGAGAUAAAAGCUCAAUGCAAUGAGUUCUUAUUUGGAGUAGAUGGUCCUCCUGCAGGAGCAGAAUGGGCAUUGGCAGAAAUGAUUAAUCAACCUGAGAUUCUCCAGAAGGCCAUCGAAGAAAUGGACAGAGUUGUAGGGAAACACAGAUUGGUUCAAGAAUCUGAUGUUCCCCAAUUAAACUAUUUGAAGGCAUGUGCAAGAGAAGCUUUCAGGCUGCAUCCUCAUGCGCCCUACAAUUUGCCCCGCGUCUCAUUAAUAGACGUUGAAGUUGCUGGCUACUUCAUUCCUAAAGGCAGCCAUAUCCUAUUGAGCCGCAUUGGACUUGGUCACAACCCCGAAGUUUGGGAAGAACCAUUGAAAUUCAAACCCGAACGUCAUUUGGGUGAAAAUGGUUCGAGUAAGGUAGAGUUGACAGAGCCCAACUUGAGGUUCAUAACUUUUUCUACAGGAAAGCGUGGAUGUAUUGGGUCAUCUCUUGGGUCACUUUUGACUGUAAUGGCAUUGGCAAGGCUUGUUCAAGGGUUCACAUGGAGCAUACCACCUGAUGAGGAGAAGAUUGAUCUCUCUACCUCGGAUGAACUGAUUCUGGCUAAACCUUUGCAUGCACGUGCAAGGCCUCGCUUGCACGAGUCAAUGUACCCUUUGGCACCUUGA